UCUUCAGCGGAACUGCUAGGCAGUUUGGGUCCAUGUUUACUUCCUGUCAGCUGAUGUCAUUCACACACACACUGCAACCGGGUAUAAACCUAAUAGCUCAUUUAAAGGCACAACUUGUGUAGCGUUUCAAGACUCACAGCACUUGGUGCUGCUUUAUAAUUUAAAAAAAAACAAAAAAAUUCAUGAAAAUCUCACUUUUUAUAAUAUGGGACCUUAUGUCUGAUCUGAAAGUGGUAGGUUGACACACAAUAUAUGAGUGAAAAAACUAAAGAUAAGUGUGAAAAAAUAAACUAGAGAGGGGUUAAUGACCUUUAAGAUGAUGAUGAGGUGGACAAAAGUUACAUCAUCUCUUUGAUUGUAAAAGUGGGAGGGAGAUUAGGAGGAUAAAUCAGGUGUCUAGUGGAGAGUAUAAUUUCUCAUCCCUGCUUCCCUCCUCCCUGAUGGACAGCACUGAGGGCUCUCUGCUCUGCUUUCCCAACCUCAACUCCUCCUGCAGGCGGCUGCCUAAGCCCCACUCCGAGACUGCUCUGCUCUACACCCUGCUGGCCUCCGUCUCUCUGCUCACCGUGACUCUCAACAUGCUCGUCGUCAUCUCCAUCUCCCACUUCCGGCAGCUCCACACCCCGACCAACACCCUGCUCCUGUCUCUGGCCGUGUCCGACCUGAUGGUGGGGCUGCUGGUGAUGCCCAUCGAAGGAAUGCACCACGUGGAGACAUGCUGGCUGCUGGGAGAGGUGAUGUGUGCUCUGUCUCCUUAUGUUUCUUUCUGUCUGGUCUCUGCCUCUGUGGGCAGCAUGGUGCUCAUAUCCGUAGACCGUUAUGUUGCUAUCUGUGACCCACUGCUCUAUGCCACAAAGAUCACCCUGAACAGAGUUAAAACAUGUAUCUGUAUAUGUUGGGCUUGUGCUCUUCUCUACAACGGCUGGCUUUUGAUGGGACACUUAAGGCAGCCGGAUAGGUUCAACUCCUGCCAUGGGGAGUGUGUGGUGGUCAUCAGCCACAUCUCAGGAACUGUUGACCUUUUUAUCACCUUUGUUGGGCCCUGUACUGUCAUGGUUGUUCUCUAUAUGAGGGUGUUUAUUGUUGCCAUUUCUCAGCAGCGUGUCAUUCGGUUGCAGGCCGCUGCUACAACUGUUACGGUAGCUCCAACUGCUAAAAGAUCAGAGAGGAAGGCAGCCAGGACUCUUGGAAUUGUGAUAGCUGUGUUUUUAAUGUGCUUCUGCCCGUUUUACUAUUCCUCUCUAUCAGGCAAGGACACCUCCAGUAGCGCGUCAUUCUCUGCAGUGUUGUUUUGGAUCAUGCUAAUUAACUCCUGUUUGAACCCUCUGAUUUAUGCUCUGUUCUACCCCUGGUUUAGAAAAGCUAUCAAACUCAUCAUCACACUGAAAAUACUGCAGCCUCACUCU